CAUCCUCCUCCUGGUCCUCCUGCUCCUCAUCCUCCUCCUCCUCCUCAUCCUCCUCCUCUUCCUCCUCCUACUCCUGCCCAGACAGACGGAUCUCGGCCUCUUCCCCGGCAGGGCAUAAUGGCUUCCCUCAAAGAGAAACUCAUCGUCCCCGUGGUGGAGGAGGCUUCUACAGAGCCCAAUAAUAAGAUCACCGUGGUGGGCGUUGGGCAAGUUGGUAUGGCCUGUGCCAUCAGCAUCCUCGGAAAGAGCCUCACGGACGAGCUCGCCCUCGUGGAUGUGUUAGAAGACAAACUCAAAGGAGAAAUGAUGGAUCUUCAACAUGGCAGCUUAUUCCUCCAGACGCCUAAGAUUGUGGCUGACAAAGAUUACUCGGUGACGGCCAAUUCGAAGAUUGUGGUGGUGACGGCGGGCGUCCGGCAGCAGGAGGGGGAGAGCCGCCUCAACCUCGUCCAGAGGAACGUCAACGUCUUCAAAUUCAUCGUCCCCCAGAUCGUCAAGCACAGCCCCGACUGCAUCAUCAUCGUCGUUUCCAACCCAGUGGACAUCUUGACGUACGUGACAUGGAAGCUGAGCGGUCUGCCCAAGCAUCGGGUCAUCGGGAGCGGCUGCAAUCUGGAUUCCGCCCGUUUCCGCUACCUGAUGUCCGAGAAGCUGGGCGUCCAUCCCAGCAGCUGCCACGGCUGGAUCCUCGGGGAGCACGGAGACUCCAGCGUGGCUGUGUGGAGUGGUGUGAACGUCGCCGGGGUUUCCCUCCAGGAGCUGAAUCCCGCCAUGGGGGCUGAAGGAGACGACGAGAACUGGAAGGAGGUCCAUAAAAUGGUGGUCGAAAGUGCGUAUGAAGUGAUCAAGCUGAAAGGCUACACCAACUGGGCGAUCGGAUUAAGCGUCGCCGAUCUGAUCGAGUCUCUCCUGAAGAAUCUGUCCAGGGUCCACCCCGUGUCUACCAUGGUCCAGGGCAUGUACGGCAUCGACAACGAAGUCUUCCUGAGCCUCCCUUGCGUCCUCAACGCCCGGGGCCUAACGAGCGUCGUCCAUCAGAAGCUGAAGGACGAGGAGGUGGCCCAGCUGAGGAAGAGCGCGGAGACCCUGUGGGCCAUCCAAAAAGAUCUCAAAGACCUCUAAAACCUCCCGCGCUACGACGAGAGAACCGCCAGGCCGCCGCACGUGGAGGCUACUCGGUAGUCGCCACCCGGAGAAGCGGGUGGCCUUAGAUUUCUCUCAUUUCGGCCCGGAUAAAAUGCUUGCACCGUGAAUAAAUAAAAUCAUUUUCUGCACUGGGCGGCCCGCCUGCACGCCCAGCGCAGGCCGGACAAAACGCUUGCACCGUGAAUAAAUAAAAUCAUUUUCUGCAGUGGGCUUCGGUGGUGGAGAACGCUUAGUACAGUGCUCUGCACACAGUAAGCGCUCAAUAAAUACGAUUGAUUGAUUGGA